AAUUUUUACUUUCUGAUGGUUACUCCUACAAAUGAGUGAGGAUGAUGAGCUCAAAUGUUGCAUUUUCCAGCUUGACGGAGCAGAAUAUAAUGGGGUCAGGUGGCGAAUGCGAGUGGAAUGAAGGGAAGGAAAAGGUUUUAGAAAGGGUGAAGCUGUUCCCACAACGAAAAGAACCUCCUUUAUAUUGGGUAAUGGAAUUGAUCGAAUGUCUCAGCUCUUUGAAUGUUCGGUUGCCAAGCCCUGAGUUUGCGGAGCUAUUGGUCUCUCACCUCUGCUUCGAUUACAACCACCCCUCUUUGUGGAAGUUCCUUCAGCAAGCCCUUUCCUCCCGUCUCCUCUUCCCGCUCCAAGUCCUCUCACUCCUCUCUUGCAGGAUAAUUCCUCUUCGACAUUGUCAACCAGAGGCUUAUAGGCUCUUUCUUGAACUUCUCCGCCAGUAUGCAUUAUCAUUUGAUCCAAAUGUGGCUGAUUCUUGCAAAUUAAAGAUAAUAAAUUCUGUUGAUACUGCCCUUCAACUUUCUCGAACAUACAACAUUUCUGUUCUGGAGCUUGGACAUGUAUUUGUGCUGUUUUUUCACAGCAUCGUCACUGCUUUGAUUGAUAGCACAUUAGAUGACUGGGGAAUACAAAUGAAGCCCUGUGAAGAACCAUUCUCGAACCCCAAAAGCGACCUGUACAUGGACAUUGAUCCCAAUGUGACUCACAGUAUCAAAAGAAAUGAAUAUCGUGAACAGAUAAGGAAAAGAAAUUCCUUCAUGGCACUAGAGGUUUUGGAAAGACUAACAGAAAGCAGAAAAGCAACAAUUCUUCUACAAUCUGUCCUCUUGAACAUGCCUGAAAAAUUCAAUUGCCUCUUGCAAAGGAUCCGAUUUCUUGAAUCCCCUGAAUUGCCUUGCUCGGAAUUAAAACUAGCAAACCCAGUCCUGACAAAAGUACUUUCCAACAUUCAUAGAGUUUCUGAUUUUGAAUUCCACCUAGAUAAGAACCGACUGGUUGGGAUUCUUGUUGAUGUUGGAUCAUUUAAUUCAUUAUUAAGAUGCAACUACUCAUCUCGUCAGUCUCCUUGCUGGGUUCCUUUUGAUAUAUAUAUGGAGAAUGCUAUGGAUUCUAAACAACUUCCUACCAAAUCUGCUAUUGAUGUACUCACAGAAGGAAUCAAGACACUACAUACAUUUAACCAGGCUAGCUGGCAGGAAACUUUUCUAGCACUCUGGCUUUCAGCCCUCCGGCUUGUGCAGAGAGAACGUGAUCCUCCUGAAGGCCCUAUUCCACACCUUGAGGCGCGUCUUUCUGUACUUUUGUCUAUUGUUCCCUUGGCAAUUGCAAAUGUUCUAAAGGAUGAGGUUGAACAUAAUUCAUCUUCUGUUCAAGUAUCAAUGGCAUCUGAAUUCAGAUCUGAAAUGGAGAGGAAGAGUGUUGACUCUAGGAAACAUGGACUGAUUUUAUCUGUUCAGGUCCUCGGUCAUUUUUCUAGCCUCCUAUGUCCUCCCGACUUAGUUGUUGGCGCAGCUAAUCAUGCAGCUACAAAAGCAGCUUGCUUCAUAUACAAUUCUGUGAAUGGAGAAGAUGGUUCUGGCACUGGCAUCCAUUCUUGUAAUUAUACAAGAGCAGGUGGCAACUUGAGGCACCUCAUAGUUGAAGCUUGCAUUGCAAGAAAAUUAAUGGACACAUCAGUGUACUUUUGGCCUGGUUAUGUGUCUACUUCUGCUGUGUCGUUGCCAGAUGCAGCACCUGUUGAAAAAUCUCCAUGGUCAGCAUUUUUGGAAGGAACUCUAUUAAAUGAUCCCCUCAUAAACUCCCUUAUGGUGACCCCUGCCUCAAGUCUGGCAGAGAUAGAGAAGUUGUACUAUAUUGCAUUAAAUGGAUCAGAGACGGAAAGAGUUGCAGCUGCAAAGAUCCUUUGCAGUGCCUCCCUUAGUUGUGGAUGGUAUAUUCAGGAACAUGUGGUACACUAUGUGGUCAAGCUUCUUCUUUUUCUUGUACCUCCUAGCCAUUCUGGAUCUUGGAGCCAUUUGGUUGAUAAUAUGUCUGUGCUUAGUGCUAUUCUCCUUGGAGUUUCCUCUGUUGAUACAGUUCAUAUAAUUUCUUUGCAUGGUCUAGUUCCCACAGUUGCUGCUUCUUUAAUGCCCCUUUGUGAGGCAUUCGGAUCACUUAAACCGACAUUGAAUAGCACAGGAGAUGAGCCCUCGACAUACAUGGCUUUUUCUUUAGCAUUCCUUUUCCUUAUUCGUCUAUGGAAAUUCUAUAGACCCCCUCUGGACCACUGCGUUACUGGAGGAGGAGCACUUGAAGGUGAGCUCACCCUGGAGUAUCUUCUGUCAUUGCACAAUAACCGCGUCAAGUCUUUCCAAGAUGAACUGACAAGCCAUAAAGAUAGCUCCGAAUCUGCUUUCCUUAAACCAGUAUUCAUUGAUUCAUUUCCAAAAUUGCGGGCUUGGUAUUGCCAAUACAAGUCUUGUCUUGCUUCAGCAAUAUCUGGUCUGUCUACUGGAAAUUCCGUUCAUCAAGUUGCUAAUAAGAUACUAAGUAUGAUUUACUGGAAAAUGACUAAAGGUGGAGCCUUGUCUAGUAAUUCAUCAACAAGCAGUAAUGCGUGUAGUCCCUUUUUAAGUGUUGGUGAAGAUGGUUAUCAAAGACCAAUUCUUCCUGCAUGGGAAGUGCUGGAAGCUCUUCCUUUUGUCCUUGAAGCAAUUUUGACUGCUUGUGUUCAUGGGCAACUGUCAUCACGGGAUUUGACAACAGGUCUGAGGGACCUUGUUGACUUUCUGCCAGCUUCUCUUGCUGCUAUAAUCGGUUACUUUUCUUCAGAAGUCACUCGUGGUGUGUGGAAACUAGUUCCAAUGAAUGGAAUAGACUGGCCUAGUCCAGCAGCAACUCUUCAAUCAGUUGAGUCAGAGAUAAAAGCUAUACUGGCUGCUGUUGGUGUUGAUGUUCCAAACUGUUCAUCUGGAAUUUCACCAGUAAUGCUUCCGUUACCUAUGGCAGCUCUUGUCAGUUUAACUAUUACUUUUAAACUUGAAAAGAGCCAAGAGUACAUCCAUGCUGUUGCCGGGGCUGCUUUGGAAAAUUGUGCAUCAAAUUGCCCUUGGCCUAGCAUGCCUAUAAUUGGUUCUCUGUGGGCGCAAAAGGUUCGCCGCUGGCACAACUUUAUUGUUGUAUCAUGUUCCCGUUCUGUGUUCAGACAUAAUAAAGACUGUGUAACCCAGCUGCUAAGAAGUUGCUUCUCCUCAUUUCCUUGGAACAAAAUGUGUUUCAGCCUCCAAGUUGACUGCAGAAUCUAGUGUGAAUGGCCUGCUGGGCAACACUAACACACCAACUGGUAUUUGCCCUUCUAUAGCCCCUGGAUUCCUUUACCUUCGAUCUUGUCGAAAUAUACUUGAUGUGCAAUAUCUGAAAAAUGUAAUAGUGGGCCUUGUGGCCGAGUACUCUCAUGAAUUGGCAAGUCCUGACCGAUUGAAGUCAAGUGAAGCAUCGCUAUCCCAAGCCACUCAGAGGGCAAAAGAGGUAGCAACUCUGGGUGCGAGUCUCUUAUGCGUGGUAGGAGGGAUACAGCUGGUGCAAGAACUGUAUAGGGAGACUAUUCCUACAUGGCUUCUGACCAGGAGUCGUGUGAAGUAUGAUAAUGAGAAGAAAGGCUCGUCCCAAAUGCUAGAGGGUUAUGCCAUGGCAUAUCUGCUGAUACUGUCUGGGUCAAUCAUAUGGGGUGUUGGGGAAACGUCACAAUCAGGAGCAUUGUCUAGAAGGACACGUAAUGUUGCAGUCCAUUUGGAGUUCUUGGCUCAAGUUAUGGAGGGCAAAAUCUCAGUUAGUUGCAAUCCAGCGACGUGGAAAACAUAUGUCUCCUGUUUAAUGGGGCUAAUGGUGACUCUUGCUCCAGCAUGGAUACAAGAAGUGAAAGUUGACACAAUGAGGAAAUUGGCAUAUGGAUUAAGCAGAUGGCGUGAAUAUGAAAUUGCCGUUCGUCUCUUGCAAAGAAGAGGCCCCGCAGCUAUGGAGCCUCUUGCUGAACUCAUCAAUGUAAUUGACUAUGAAUCUAAGACGCCGUACUCAUAGUUCAACGUAGGAAGGUUUUUCAAUAACAGAUUAUGGGCAGUACCGCCAUAGCAUAAGUAACAAUUUUUUUAAUAAAAAUGUUUUUGAGGACAAGUCUAAAUUUGCUUGUAUUAAUGACAAGUUCUCAUCCAUUAUCAAGCAACUUCUCUGUU